UGGACCACGUAAUAGUGAUCAAAUAUGAGGUUAUUUAUUUUAUUAGGUUUGUUAAUAUUCUAUGUUGUCAUUUUUGCUGAUGCAAGGAGAAUAAAACCUUUAAAAAAUGAAGAAGAAAGUGUAGAAGUUAAAGAUCAAGUGGACGCGGCAAGCGAACAUAAAAAAGAAGAAAAACCACAAAGUCAUGAAUUCAAGAGAGGAGGUGGUAAAGAUCACCAUGCAGAGCAUCACGACGAUCACGGAGAAAAAGGUCACAAAGGUUACAAAGGUCACCAUCACCACGAGGAAGGUAAAAAGGGUCACCAUGAUAAAGAACACCACAAAGGAGAGUACGAUGAUCAUGGCGCUACUGAAAAAGAACAUCACCAUCAGGAUGGUCACUAUGAUGAACAUCAUAAAGGGGAAAAGGGAGAGAAGGGUCACAAAUAUGAAGAAAAAGGACAUUACAAUAAAGGUCAUUCUACUAAAGGUCACCACGAAAUCCAUAAACUCGACGAAUUUAAGAAAGAUAAACACUUCUUCGACGAGGAAGGGGAUUCUGGCCACGAAGAAAAACAUGGUGGUUUUCAUGAGGAGCAUGGUCAUAAAAAAGGUGGACAUUAUCAUAAAGGUCAUCAUCAUGGCGAUCACCAUGAGCAUGAGCAUGGUGAAAAGGGACAUCACGAAAAAGGAGGACAUCACCAUGAACACAAAGCCCACAAGGAAUCUGCCGGUCAUGAUGAGCACCAUCACCAUCACGAUGAUCAUGCUAAGAAAGGUGGCCACGAACACCACAAAAAAUGGGGAUACAAGAAAGAGCAUUAAGACAAUAAAUGAUAAAAUAAAAUUUAUCGAAUCAAAUUAUGGAUUUUCAUGGCUUAUGACUAUGAUUGCCCACGUCUGGUCAUCUAUUUAUUUAUUGAGAAUAGUAAGUAAAAUUAGUC